AAAAAUUCGAGAAAAAAAGUUUCACUUUAUUUAUGUACUUGGAUUGUAAAACCAAUAAGAUCAACAGUUGAUUGUUAAGUGAAUUAGUUAUUAAUUAGUUAAUCAAUAAUGUCUCUAGUCAAUUAUUAUUAUCAAUUAUAUGAGAAAUUGUUCUGGGGCGAUCUCAAAGUGACCAGAGCUCAAGACUUUUUCCUGGUCAAUAGUAGUUGGGGAUUACCGUUCAUUUUGGCCAUUCAAUUGACUUUUGUUAUGUUCCUUGGACCCAAAUGGAUGUCAACUCGUAAACCAUUUGACCUACGACCUCUUCUAAUUGUGAUAAAUGGCCUUCACUUUGGUACUUAUGGUUGUGGUAUCUUGUUACUUGGAUAUGGAAUUAGUUUAGGCCGUGAUUCUUGGGCUUGUACGGCAAAACCAUCGGACGAUUUUCGUGAUGAUGUUAUGCUACGAAUCGCUUAUGCCCUUUUCUGCAUGAGAAUUUUAGAAUUGACCACACCCGUUAUCAUGGUUCUUCGAGGUAAAUCAGGCCAAUCGCCGAUCGCCAAUUCCCUCUACAAUGGAUUCUACAUCUUAAUCAUUUACCAUUGCAUGAAUCGCUACUACAAAGAUAUGGUUUAUCUUUAUCCUUAUACCGACGCGAUGAAGAUCACAUUGAGAUCGGGCUACUAUUCACUCACCUCUCCAGGACCUGAUUUCCGGCGGUUCCAUUGGCCUAAACACUACGUGACCAUAUUUUCACUAAUUGUCGCUCUUUUCAACGUUUAUCACCUAAUCUACUUGAUCGCCAAUAAUUGUGACGGACCGAAAGUGUUAAUGUUUUCAUUUCUAACUCUUGCCUUGGGCGAAAUCAUCUUUUACCUCAUCAAACUUAGUCCACAAUCAGGUAAACAAAUGGAUCUGAUCAACAAUCAACAACAAUCAAUUGCCAAGGAGGGAAAAAAAUUACAUUGAUCAUAAUUGGAAACAAUUUGUACUUUUUUUCCUUGAUUGUUAAUUUUUAAUUUUCUUUGUUAUUGACUGGGAUUUAAACUAUUACAGUCAAGUGUAAAAAUCAAUCAAAUUUUGUGAUUGAUUGAUUAUCUUAAUCACUGUAAUCAACUAUUGGGAAAUUACCAGAGACUAAAUUCUGAUUGCAAUAAAAUCACUUGAAAGUCGAGCAACAAUUAACCAUAAUCCUCAAUAUC